AGAGGUUUUUAUUUAUAUACUUUAUCUUUAUUUCUCCCCGUUCUAACUCUGAAGCCCAGAGUCAUACUAGAUUCGUUUUUCUUCCUCUUCUCUUUGCCAGAGCAGCUAACUAUCUGAGAUGGGUCGUGUUCGCACUAAGACUGUGAAGAAAUCCUCACGUCAGGUCAUUGAGAAGUACUACUCUCGCAUGACCUUGGACUUCCACACCAACAAGAAGAUUGUUGCGGAGUUUGCUCUCAUUCCUACAAAGCACCUUCGGAACAAGAUUGCUGGCUUCUCUACCCACUUGAUGAAGCAGGUUCAGAAGGGUCCGGUUCGUGACAUCUCACUCAAGCUUCAAGAAGAAGAGCGUGAGCGUCGCAUGGACUUUGUUCCCGAUGAGUCAGCUAUUAAGACCAAUGAAAUUAAGGUCGACAAGGAGACUCUUGACAUGCUUUCUGCUCUUGACAUGGCUGAUAUUCCGGGUCUUGUUGAAGUUGAACCACAGGCUUUGAUUGCUCCCCCAGUUUUUGGUCGCCCAGGUGGUGCUGGUAGGAGAUUUUAA